AUGAAGUUGCUUUCGGUAACUUGUCUCCUGGUUAUGGGCUUAUUAACUGUCAAAGCGGGGGCUGAAGUCGAGGAAGCCGGAGAGAAGCCGGAGAUUACAAAGUUAGAGCUGGUGGAUCUCGGCGAGGGAGAAAGCGACAUCGAUGCUAAAGACACGGAAGUUCAAAGAAAGAGGGAUUCAGGUUAUUCCUAUAAAAGACCCGGCGGUGGCGGAGGCUUUACGCCAGCCACGAGAGCUCGUUUCCAAGUUGGACAAUCCGGUCACAGAGGACGUAUCGUGAACAGACAUCCUGCCCAAAUAAACAGACCUAUCACGAAGUACGGACCGCCCGGUUAUCAGAAUCCACCGCCAUCGAGGCCGGCUUUACAGAGUCAACAGCAUCGAGAUAAAUUACAAUACCACGGUCAUUUCGGCCAACAACAUUCGAGCAACUUUGAUGGCCGUCCGAGUGGUUUGCAGGAGCAGGGUGUCCCGAGUCCAAUUAGACAGGUCGACUUCGUGGAACCGAAUCCGAUAGCCAGUCAGAAUAACGAACCGUUCGCGUCACACGCGGCGAACUACUUGCCCCCCGAGAAUCAGAAAUUACCCGGUCCGACAGUGUCGCAAUCGUUUUUCCAACAACAGAACCCCUUGGACAAUGGCCAGGGACAAUUAACGAAUUUCCAAAGUCAGAAUAUCGUGCAGCCCCAGCCGCAGCUUUCUGACGCGGCCCUAUUCCUGGCGCAAAACGCGCAAGCCAUACAGCAACUGUACGGUGCUCCACCUAACGAACAGGAUUUCGCACCGAACGAUGCCCCGUUCCCAGGACACAAUAACCAAGCGCCAUCUACGACUGAUCAGUUCGAGAAUCUCGAGAGCAGUUCACCGACUCCCCAAGGUUUCCUAGGUCCCUUGCCGGCAUACGCGUCCGGCACACUGAACGCCCAGGAAACCCUGGAACAGAUUCAGUCGAUCGAGAAGGACCGGCUGAUCGUCCAACUUCAACGUGCGCUCGCCAGCCAGACAGAGACCCAGAACGCGGCGGAAGCAGCUGGAAGGUACGCUCAAAAUCAGCCGAACUUCGUACAGAAUCAAGAUCUUCUGGCUUCCCUUGGACAGCGAAUGAAGAUUCACGGUUUAAAUACGCAACCAAGUAUCGUAACGAUCCGGCCCGGGGACACAGCAUUCAAUCAAUCACCUUUUUUGCCAGGCACGACGAUCACCCCAGGGUUUCCGCUUAACUACGGAGUCACGACCACGAUUCAGCCCCCAACGACCACCGCAACGACAACGACCACAACACUGCAGCCACCUCAGGCCACGAAAGGCGACGGAACCACACAGGUCGGUUCCACUCUGCCCGCCUCGCAACCACCGUCUCCUUUAUCACCCGCCGCAGGAGUUCCAGUUUACGGUGGCUUCGUACCGACUUUGAUCACUGGCACAAGUUUCCUGUCGAACAUUCCUACCUACGGGCCCAGUUUCUUCGCUCCUGGCACCGUCACAGCGGUUCAAACAUCCGGUUCCACUCCUACCCAUUUCGGUAUACCCAUCCCGACGGGUCCUGGUCAGAAACCGACAACAGGCACCACAUUGUCAAUCAUACCGACUUCAACCCCAUCGACUCCGUCGACAGGACGACCAAGUGCUCCUUCAUCACCACCGAUUAAUACAGUGCCCCUUCCUGUACACCCUGUCGCGACACCGUUGCAUCCGGUGGUGACAUCGCUACGACCAGUGACACCUUUGCAACCGGUGCUGCCAGCGACGCCCACGCACGUGUAUCCGGUACAGACACCGUCUGCACCAGCGCAUCCGACGUACGGUGUGCAGACCACACCAGUGAUCAAUCCGUCGUUCCUGUACAAGCCCGUUAAACCCGUCUACCCGUUCUAUUAUUACCCGAACGUGGCGUAUCAGCUGCACAAGCCAGCGUCGCCGACUUACCCGUGGGGCUACGCGCCGACCUACGCCACGCAAGCGAAACCGGCACAAAUAUGGAAAUGA